AUGAAAACAAUUAGUUGGAACUGCAAGGGAUUGAGGAGCCCCCGUGUAGUUCGAGGCCUUGCGAGGCUUCUCAAGAAGGAAACUCCUCAGCUUGUUUUCUUGAUGGAGGCACGUUCUACGAAGAAUGAAUUGACAAAAUUAAAACAAAGAUUUCACUUCAAGUUUGAUAUAGCAAUGGACUGUCGAGGCUCGGGAAGGAAUAGAGCGGGAGGUUUGUGUCUUUGGUGGAAUGAGGAUUUAGAUAUUGAUAAUACAUCCUAUUCUCAGAAUCAUAUAGCAGGAAGCUGCAAAUUAGAGGAUGAGGAUGAGUUAUGGUCUUUUGCAGGCAUCUAUGGAUACCUUGAGGGAGCAAGGAAAAAGGAAACCUGGAGUUUAAUACAUGAGUUAAGAGAGCAAGGGAGUAACAAGAUAAUCUUCUUUGGGGGCUUAAACGAUAUUGUGUCUGAAGCUGAUAAAGUGGGGGGCAUUAGUAGGUCUGUGUCUCAACUUCAAUGGGGUAGGAAUGCUAUGGAGAUUUAUGGCCUUGAUGGUUUGCCGGCAUUGUUCUUUCAAAAAUAUUGGUCCAGUGUUGGCAAUGAGACAGUUCAUUAUGUAAUGGAUAUCCUCAACAACAACAGAGAUCUGACAGCCAUUAACAAUACUUUUAUUACACUAAUUCUCAAGAAGAAGCAACCUUCCACUCCUCGAGACUUCCGUCCAAUCAGUCUGUGCAAUGUCAUAAUGAAGGCCGUCACCAAAUUGAUUGCUAAUCGACUGAAAACUUUCCUUCCAAGCACUAUUAGUGAAGAACAUAGCGCUUUUAUUCAGGGACGACUUAUCACAAAUAACGCCUUAAUAGCUAUGGAAUGCUUCCACUGGAUGAAACAUAAAAAGAAAGGCAAAAGAGGUACAAUGGCUUUGAAACUAGACCUGUCUAAGGCGUAUGAUAGAAUGGAGUGGUCCUUUAUGCUCAAAUCUAUGAGAAUCGUGGAGCUCCCUCAGACUUUUAUAUCCCUAAUCCAGAUGUGCAUCACGACUGUCUCGUACCAGCUCUUAAUUAAUGGCCAGCCAAGCAAAAAGUUCACUCCAUCUAGGGGUCUCCGCCAAGGAGACCCACUCUCACCCUAUUUAUUUUUUAUUUGUGCAUAUGUGUUGUCUGGAAUGCUUCGGAAUGAAGUGGAGAAUGGGGGAAUUCAUGGUGUCCAAGUUGGGAGAAGGUCCCCUAAGAUAUCUCAUAUUUUCUUUGCAGAUGAUAGUUUGUUGUUUGCUAGAGCUAGUGCAGUGGAAGCAGGACGCAUACAACAGAUUCGCCUGGAUUAUGAGAAGACUUCAGGUCAAAGCAUUAAUGCAGACAAAUCUGAAGUUUCAUUCAGCAGCAAUGUCAGUGAAGAGGCAAAAGACAGAGUCAAAGAAAUUCUGAGAUUUCAGGGAGUUAACCAUCAUUCGAGAUAUAUGGGGCUUCCGGUGGUUUUCAGGAGAUCAAAGAAGGAAGUUUUCCAAUUGGUUAUUGAGAAAGUAUGGAAGAAGGUUAAAGGCUGGAAGGAAAAAUUUCUCCGUAGAGCUGGCAAAGAAGUCUUGAUUAAAGCGGUAGCACAAGCCAUUCCCACAUACAAUAUGAGUUGUUAUUGCAUUUCGGAGAGCUGCUGUAAAGAGAUUGAAGCUAUGCUGGGAAAGUUCUUUAAGGGGAGGUAUUACCCUCGUUGCUCCAUUGCUGACGCUCUUCCUGGUUUUAAUCCCAGCUACGCUUGGAGGAGUAUCUUGAGUUCACAGGAGCUUGUGCUGAAUGGAUCACGGUGGAGAAUCGGGAAUGGAAAAAAGGUAAGCAUCAAUGGUGAUAAAUGGAUUCCUACUCUCUCAAAUUUUAAACCUUCUUCCCCGGAUGCUAUUCUCGAUCCCUCAAGCAAUGUCAGUUCUCUUAUUGACUCGGAAAUGGAGUGGUGGAAUCAUGAAACGCUUAGGGAGAAUAUUGAUGAAAAUGAUGUUAGUCAUAUAAGUAGUAUUCCCCUAUCCUUUUAUCCCCCGGAGAAUAAAAUUAUUUGGCACCAUGAAUCGAAUGGAGAGUAUUUUGUCAGGUCCGCUUAUCACGUUCAAGGAGGGAUGUGUAACUCAAAUAGACUCGGAUCCUCCUCUCUGGAUUAUCACGGCUUUUGGAAGCAGUUGUGGAAACUCAAAGCGAACCCAAGGAUUAAGAAUUUCAUGUGGAGAGUCAUUAAGAACAUUUUGCCUUCAAAGGAGAAUUUGCAAAGUAAAGGAGUCAUGACUGAUGGAUUGUGCCCUCUCUGUUAUUCUGAAGCUGAAAGUACUUGCCAUCUCUUCCUCCGUUAUGCCUUUGUUAAAAAAGUCAUUUUUUCCAGUCUGUUGGAAAUUAGACUUCCAGAUGCAAGUGAUAUUGCAGAUUGGUUGGAUGAUAUUUUUAAGAAGAAGGAUUUUAAACUUGGGCAAUUGGUUGCUACUUUUCUAUGGAAAAUUUGGAAAUUCAGAAAUUUUGUGAUUUUUAAGGAGGGAAAGCCUUAUCCUUGGCCUCAACAAAGAAAGGUCGCGGCUAUGGAUAGAGACCCGAAGGGAUGGGUGGUACAAACUGAUGCUGGAUGUUUUGACGAAGGAAUCAUUUCUUUCGGCUGUGUCAUUUGUGAUCCCACUUCAAGUAUAUUUCUCUCUGCUACAAAGAGAUUUCCUAAUGUUACAAACCCCACUAAUGCAGAUAUCACGGCUAUUCGAUGGGCUCUACAAAUGGCACAUGAUUUGGGCAUCCAGGAGUUUGUUUUACAAUCGGACGCGAUGGCAGUCGUGGAUUGUAUCAAUGGCUGGAAUAAUUAUGCAGAUUUGAGUCUUAUUAGAAGAAACGUAUCAAAACCUUCAUAUGGGAGUGAAGAUAUUGAUAAGGUAGCCUCUGUAUAUAUGUGGGUUUAUCAGGUCAGGAAGUUGGUUAGAUCUAGUAUGUCGCUUGGUGCAGAAGCAAGCAUUAUGCAUGGUUGA